AUGGACAACUUAGUUCCUUUGUUUUUGGAGAUCACCAGCACGGACGAUGUUGGGGUGGCACAGAGCUUCUUAGAGAUGGCCGGCGGCGACCUGGAUACCGCGGUGAGUCUGUAUUUUGAGCACGGGACGGGCGCUGGACCUAGCAGGCCUGGUGACGACGCAGAGGUGGCGGGCAGACUGCAGCAGGAGAUGUACGCAGAGGCCGAUGGCGUGGACGAGGGCGUGAGACGGCCGCUGGAGCCAGUGCACGACCAGCUUGUGUCGGACUACACCGCGGUAGACCCACGUAGGGGCAUGUUUGGACGGACCCAAGUGGGGAUUUUCAACCAAUUGGACGACGGGGACGAGGAGGACGGUGUGGAAGUGGUGGAUCUAGACGAUGAAGACGACGACGACGAGUUCCAGAUGUUGGACGACGACGACGACUCGAUCCGUCAGCAGAACAACCGACGCGCACGCAGACGCAGAGAGUUCCGCACAAGCACACAGAGACGGCUCGCGAACAUCUUCCGGCCGCCCUGGGACAUUAUUCAGAAACUAGACCUGGACGGCGCGAAGGUGGUGGCGCGACAGGAGAAAAAAUGGAUUUUGGUCAAUAUCCAGGACAUGACCGACUUCCGAUGCCAGUGUCUUAAUAGAGACUUCUGGUCGAACACAGAGAUCAAAGAGAUAGUGCGGGAGAACUUUAUCUUUCUGCAGUACCACCAUGGCUCGCCAAAUGGCGAGUACUACAUCAACAUGUAUCCGUUUUCAGAGUAUCCGCACAUUGCGAUUUUGGACCCCAUGACGGGCGAACGACUCAAGAUGUGGAGCGGCGUGCCCAGUGUACACGCGUGGGUGGAGCAGGUGGUGGACUUUAUGGACCGGUUCUCGCUGGACAAGAACAAAAAGAACCCGAUAGUGCAACACAGCGUGCGGCCGGACGUGAGCAGUUUGAGCGAGGAGCAGCAGAUCAAGAUGGCUGUGGAGCACUCGCUGAACCCUGAUGCGGCGCAGCAGCAGGACAGCGUGGACAUUGUGGACCUGGACAACGGCGACGGGACGAAAGAACGGCCAUUGGAGCUGGAGAGCGACGAGCAGUUGAUUGAGGCCGUGGACGUGCCGGACCCGGAGGGCACCGACGCGACGCGGAUCCAGAUCCGGUCUGGCGACGGCCGCCGCGUGGUGAAGAAGUUUGCGCUACAGGACCCCGUGCUGCGUGUGUUCCAGUUUGUCAAGUACUACUUUGGCAUAGGCAAUAAGCCGUUCCAUCUGACAAUGCAGCGCGAAAACCUGAUCGACAAGCUCGACCAGACCGUUGGGCAGUGCGGUCUUCGCAAUGCAUCGCUGCUACUGGAGGUGGAGGAGUGAGACGAAAGAGAUAUAGCAGUCGUAGCCUCGUUAAUUUAAUUUUCUAAAAAAUCGCUGACUGGCCCGCCAAUGUGGUCGAGCGCAAGCAAAAAGGUGUCGUGGCCGUAGAAGCUGUCUUCCUUGCUCAGCUCGACGUGACGGAUGUUGGAGCCGUCGCCACCGCGUUCGCGGGCGCCCUGACGCAGCAGAUCGACCAUCUCGCGCUGCUGCCACGCCGGGAACAGAAUAUCGGACUCGACGCCGAUCACAAGCACCUCCUUGGCGGCCAGCUUUGCCAGUCCGCGUUUCAGGUCCUCGGCAGCCUCCUCAGGCGUCAUUCUUCGCGUGCGCUUGUUUUCGCGCAUCGGCUCGUCGAACGAACACUGGUCCACUGGCUUGUACUCGAGCUCUGAAUCCGGCACAUACUCGCCGUUAUACCGCGCCUCGGUCUGCUGGCGACUCCUAGCAGCCUUGGUCCGCGCAGACAGCGACAUGUCAAACAGGUCCAUCGCCUUGGAGAUGUACAAGAACGAGUUUGGGUCGUAUUCCAGACACCAUUUUUCUCCAGCGUGGUCCAAAUACGUCUCGAUUAAAAAGUCCGGACACAGCGCAGGCUGUUUCGACGGGUCGGCCCGCUCAACGCCAAACCGCGACUCCCACUCGGGGCCAGACCGGUACGUGAUCGUGGCGAUCUCGCGGGCCAGCUUCAUGCCCGUGUGGGGGGGCAGCGAACCGUAGUAAAAACCUUUAUUCCAGUUCGGGUCGGUCAUCAGGACUUGGCGCUGGCAAUGGCGCAUCGCAAUCGAGUAGGGGUGCGAACGGGCACAUCCAGAGAUGCUCACUACCUUGGCGACCUCGUCGGUGAACUCGUGAGCGUAUGCGAGACACUGCAUUCCUCCCAUAGAGGAGCCCAUCACGGCGUGCAGCCGGUCGAUGUUAAAAUGCUCUUUCACGAGCCGGUGCUGCGCCCGCACCAUGUCGUUCACAGAGAUGAUCGGGAACCGCGUCGCGUACACCUGGCCGUCAGAUGGGUCGGUCGACGACGGUCCUGUUGAGCCAAAACAUCCACCAAUCACGUUGGUGCAGAUCACAAAGUACUUGUCGGUGUCGAGAUACUUGCCAGGCCCGAUAAAAUUCUCCCACCAGCCCUUGGCGGGGUUUUUCGCGGUCGAGUGGGCGUGCGAUGAGGCAGACAGACCGGUCUGCAGCAGAAUGGCGUUCGAACGGUUGGAGUUGAGCGUGCCCCAGGUCUCGUAGGCGACUUGGAACUGUGGCAAGUAUCCGCCGUAGUCCAGGAAAAUGGGGUCCGUGGAGCGGAAAAUGUCUACCUUGUCCUCUGUGAUUUUGGCGUACGCCGGCUCCGGCCCGUUUUCCUCCAAGGACUGCGACCUCUGCUCGAGUUUCUCAAGGCAGGGAAAUGAUAACUGUGGAUUCGAAGGUCUGGGAUAGGGGGUUGACAUGGCAGCCGCACGGGCGGCGCUGGCACGCGGCUUGGAUGCCACCACGCACCGCGAGAAGUGUCUUGCAAAUGCCACGGAGAACAGACG